GGGUUCAGUAAACAGAUUUCUCUCACUCUCCCUCCUUCUCAUUGCACUGUCACAGACACAGUGUGUGUGUGUGUAUGAAGUGUAUGUAAUGGACGACUUGCCUGUUGAAGGCAAAGAACACUGCAAGCAAGAUCUCUGAUAACCUGUCCCUGACUUUUUAAAAGAUGACUUCCAGACUGUCUGUAGUUUAAAGGAAACCCUUGAUUAAGGUGAAACUUUUUUUUUUUUUUUUAAAGAAGAAAAACAAAUCCUCAUCAAGAAGCAGAAUGGAUCUGAGAGCUAAGCAUGGUCUGAUGCUGUUGGAACAGCUGAAUCACAUGCGUGAAGCGGAGCAGUUAACAGAUGUGGUACUUAUUGCGGAAGGCCUCAGCUUCCCAUGUCACCGGUCAGUUCUUGCUGCGUUCAGCCCAUAUUUCCGGGUCAUGUUUACCUGUGGCCUGCGUGAGAGUGUAAACCGCCAGGUGGUACUGAGAGACAUGCCAGCUCAAAGCUUAGCCCUCUUACUGGAAUACAUGUACAGCUCCAAGCUUCCACUUUCCCCUGACAACGUACAGGGUAUCUCAGUCGCCGCAUUCCUCUUGCAGAUGGAUGAUGUCUUUAAGCGCUGCCAAAUCUAUAUGACAGACAACAUGGAUGCCUCCAACUGCCUGGGGAUCUAUUACUAUGCACGCGAUUUGGGAGCUGAAGAAUUAGUAGACCAGGCUCAGCGUUACCUCCGGCAGCACUUCACAGAGGUGUGUAUGAGCGAGGAGGUGCUGGAGCUGGAAGCCUAUCAACUUGGGGCGUUGCUAGCUUCAGAUGACCUUAAUGUCACCCGAGAGGAAACCAUUCUUGACGUAGUGCUGCGAUGGGUGAAACAUUGCUCAGUUGGAGUGAGUCUGGGGGAGGAAAAUCGUGCCAGUCAGCUGCCAGAACUCUUACAGAAGGUACGCCUUCCACUGGUGAGUGUCAGCUACCUGAAGGAGACACUGCGCCGCAACACAGCACUGCUGGCUGAUGCAGAAUGUCUACAGAUGAUGGAGGAUGCAAUUGAAGCGGCAGGUCUGCAUCCAGAGGCUCCAGCCCGACGGCUGAAGCUACGUUAUGGCAUGGAAACGACCGAUCUACUGCUAUGCAUUGGCAAUGAUAACGGAGGAAUACGCUCACGCUAUGGAAGCUUUUCAGACCGCAGCUUCUGUUACGCUCCCACAACUGGGCGCACAUUUUUCAUCACUUCCCCUCGAUACGGUGAUGCCCUUGGAUAUGUAUGCGCUGGGGUUGUCACGGAACGCAAUGAUAUUGUUGUUGCUGGAGAGUUAGGGCCACGAAGGUUGGCAAGACAAAAGGAGAAGAAUGUGGAGAUUUUCAAAUAUAAUGAGGAAGCUCAGGGUAGCUGGAAGCACCUGAGCUCAGCAGAAUACCGUGACUCAUAUGCCCUGAGUUCCCUGGGUGAUAACCUGUACCUAAUAGGGGGUCAGAUGAUGCUGAAGAAUCAGUACCUCAUCACCAACAGUGUUGCACGCUGGUCUUUACAGGGCGGCCCUUGGCGCAGUGCCGCCCCUUUACCAAUGCCCUUGGCCCAUCACAGUGUUGUCCGGAUGAAAAACUGCCUUUAUGUCCUUGGAGGAAGGACACCACAGACAUAUCAUGCGGAUGAGGAGCCUGACCGUAUGAGUAACCGCCUGCUUGUGUAUGACCCAGAGAACAACAAGUGGAAUGAGCUCUGUCCUAUGAAAUAUUCCAAAUAUCGCUGCAGUGCAGUGGCCCUCAAUGGGGAGAUUUAUGUUAUAGGUGGUAUUGGAUGUGAGGGUGUAGAUCGCGGACAGUCACGCCGCUGUCUUGAUGCAGUAGAAAUCUACAACCCUGAUGGCGAUUUCUGGAGGGAUGGUCCUCCCUUACCCUGGCCACUUUUGUCACUGCGAAGCAAUGCACCAAAUGCUGGGGUGGUGGAUGGAAAACUAUAUGCUUGUGGAUACUAUAAAGGAGCAGACCGCCAUGACAUCAUCACCAAGGAUAUCCUGCAGUUGGAUCCAUGGGAGAAUGUGUGGACUGUGGUGGUUAAACAGGCUGUGAUGCACGACAGUUAUGACGUGUGUCUGGUGGCGAACCUUAACCCACGAAGACUCAUACCCCCUCCAGCUGACUUGGUGGAUGAAUAACAAAAACUAUCCAUGUAUGACAAAAGCAAAUGCAAUCACAAAAUUUGACAAUUUGCACAUAUAAGCAUUUCACAAAAUUGAGAUCUCCACAGCUGUACAAGGACGUUGUGUUUUAUUCACUUAAGGCUGAACUGAACAUGUGAAAUAUGUUGAUACAAUACAAGUGUCGAUUUAUUCUUCUUAGACUGACCGUAGACUGAUGGCCUAUUUAGAACUGCAUUUUCAAAAAAUAAUAAUCGUUGAGAUAUAUUUUUUUUUUUGGUAUACAACUCUUAUGACAUGUGAAUGUAACAGAUUACAGAGAAUAUUCACAUGCUCUGUUAAUGAUUUCUUCACUUGCAUUAAAUAUAAGCAUGCGCUAUGAAUUAA